AUGUCGUCCCUCUUUGUGAGGGACACCAAGAGCUUGGUCAGAGAGCUGGGCAGGAGAGGCGAACUGGUGCCCGUUGACAGCCUGACCAGCGCCCUGCACCUGCGUCCCUUCUGCCUGGUGAGGAAGAAGCUCAGACGCCACCCUUGGCCUUGGGACACGCCCCUCAUCCCCACGGUCUUCACCCUCAUGGAUGUGCUGGAGCCUGACUCCCCCGUCCCAGAGGUGAGCCGGAGCGAACCCAUCCACAUCCAGGAGGUGGUGGCAGGAGCCGUGACAGGGGCCGUGAGCGUGAGCCCCGGGCUGCAGGGGAAGGUGAUGGGGAGCAGCGGGGUGACCCGCACAACUACCCUGGUUGUGCAGACCCUCUGGGUUUCCCCUCACACCUGGGAGACGCUGGUGGAGAAGAGGAAACUGAGGACUCCAAGGCCCUCAUUCUUCAGGGAGCUGCAGAACCGGAAGGAGAGGGAGAGCCUGUAUGUGGUGACAGAGGCCGUGGAGACCAUGCAGGACACCACGCAUCAGAGCAGCAGCAACGCUGUGGGAGCAGGGCAGCUCUCCCUCCUCGGGCUGAGCCAUUUACAGCUCCAGGGUCAGAGCCACAUGGCCAAGGAGAAGACGGUGACCGUCCCGAGGGGCACUGUCCUGGCCUAUAGGGUGCUGCAGCUGGAGAUCGAGGGGGAUCGCUGGGCUGUGCUGUACCUGCCUGAAGGCAAGCUCUGCAGAGACACUGGCGGAGGCUGGACCCUAGACGAGGAGCCCAACUUCCAGGGCCUGCAGAGGCAGGUGGGUGCCCAGCUGCAGGACAUGGCCACGCUGCUCCCUGGGCUGCGGCACACACUGCUGGAUGCCCUCCAAGAGCUGCUCAAGGACUCUCAGGCACUGCAGGAGCUCGAGGACACGCUGGAGCAGGCCCUGGACACUGGAGUGCCGGCACAGCUGGGCGGCCCUGGGGCCUGCAUCCUAAGCACCCUCCAGGACCCCUCGGGCAGCCUGUCGACCUCGAAAGGCCGGGCCAUCCUCUGCGUUCUUGGAGCGCUAGUGGUGCUGAGCGACACCCAGCGUUGCCUGCUGGCCCAGUCCCUGGAGAGAAGGAUCCUGCCUCGGCAGCUGGAGCUGGUGAGAGCCUGGGAGGUGGAGAGCAUCUUAGAGGCAAACUUCAAUCAGAUGGAGGAAACACCCUUCUCCCUCCCACGGGAAGUCCUCUCAUCGCUACAGAGCGAGGACGCGGCCCUCACCCUGAGCCUGGCGGAGAGCUGUGGGCUGGAGCUGCAGGGACCCGGCCACCAGCUCCUCUGGGACCCUGAUGUGGUGCCACAGUUGUCUGCACUGUAUGGGUCCCUUGCAGGGCUGCAGCUGCUGGCCAACCCCAGCCCUGCGGCCCCCUCUGCUGAUGCCUGA